UUCUCUGCCCAGGGCUCACCAGCCACGCAGAAUGGCCCCGAAGUGUACAUCCUGCCUCUCACUGAAGUCUCUUUGCCCAUGUCCAGGCAGCCUGGGCGCUCAGUUCAGCUUCUCAAAUCCACUGACCUGGGACGCCACAGCCUGCUGUACCUCAAGGAAAUUGGCCACGGAUGGUUCGGCAAGGUGUUCCUCGGUGAGGUGAAUGCAGGGCUCAGCAGCACUCAAGUGGUCGUGAAGGAGCUAAAGGCUAGUGCUAGCGUGCAAGAUCAGAUGCAGUUCCUGGAAGAGGCUCAGCCGUAUAGGGCACUCCAACACACCAAUCUCCUGCAGUGCCUGGCCCAGUGUGCAGAGGUCACACCCUACCUGCUGGUGAUGGAGUUCUGUCCAUUGGGUGACCUGAAGGGCUACUUGCGGAGCUGCCAUGUGGCCGAGGCACUGGCACCUGACCCCCUGACACUGCAACGCAUGGCCUGCGAGGUGUCCUGUGGCCUGCUGCACCUUCACCGUAACAACUAUGUACACAGCGACCUGGCACUUCGGAACUGCUUACUCACGGCUGACCUGACUGUCAAAAUUGGCGAUUAUGGCCUUUCUCACUGCAAAUACAAAGAUGACUACUUUGUGACGGCUGACCAGCUGUGGGUACCGUUGCGCUGGGUGGCCCCUGAGCUCAUCGACGAGGUACAUGGCAACCUGCUUAUCGUCGACCAGACGAAGACCAGCAAUAUCUGGUCAUUGGGCGUCACCAUCUGGGAGCUUUUUGAGCUGGGUGGCCAGCCGUACUGCCACUACUCGGACCGGCAGGUGCUGACUUAUGCCAUCAAGGAGCAGCAACUUAAACUUCCUAAGCCAAAGCUCCCACUCUCACUCUCUGACCGCUGGUAUGAGGUAAUGCAGUUCUGCUGGUUGCAGCCAGAGCAGCGCCCCACCGCUGAGGAGGUGCACCUGCUGCUCUCUUACCUAUGUGCCAAGGGCGCUUCGGAAGUGGAGGAGGAGUUCGAGCGGCGCUGGAACUCCAUGAAACCCGGGGGAGGGGGAGGCUCUGGCUCCGGCUCCGGCUCCAGCCACCUGGGAGUUGAGCUUUCCUCUUUCCCGCUGCUGGAGCAUUUCUCCAACGAUGGGGAUGAUGUCCUGACUGUCAUGGAGACGAGCCACGGCCUCAACUUUGAGUACAAGUGGGACCAAGGCAAAACCGAGCACUUGCCAGCCUCCGCCUUGAGCCCUCGUGGUGCUGCCCGCUAUCAUGAGCUCUACUAUUCAGCUAGCAGCAGCGGAGGAGGAGGUGGGCACCUCAGCCUGGGCGUCUCGCCCUCCUGCUACGAGUGCAAAGUGCAAGGCUGCCCUGGUCUGCACACUCCAGGGGUGGUUCCUGUGCUGAGCGCCCACAGCCCUUCCCUCAACAGCGAGUAUUACAUCCGCAUCGAAGAAGCGGCCUCCGAGGGGAGUGGGGCUGAUCUGGAUUACACCAUGUGCUCCUACAGCCCCGAGUUUGGCUGUUCCUCUCGCUGGCAAGCGAAGGAGGAUCACUACGAAUCGAACAACAGCCCCACUGUUUCACUCACCAUGGAACCUCUUCUGGGCCACUCCGUGCACGCUGACACUCAAUGGGAGCCCCCUGAAUACUACUCCUAUGGAGGACAAGGGGACAAGGAAGCCCCGUACUACGAGGCCUCCCCCAGGGAAAGUGUUGACGACUACUUGCUGAAGGAGCCCAGUGGCUCCGAGUGGCGCGCUCCAGUUUUGCAGAAGAGCAUCUUCACUGACCCACUGGGUGUGUCACCGUCGAUGACUUACAGCUUCAAGGAGGCCACAUCGGACUGUGUCGCUCUGGAAAUGGGCGAGGAGAACUCGUGCAGCAGCCCCAGGAGUGAAGAGGGGGAGAACGAUGAAUCCCCUUCCUCCAGUAAGCAUUGGGCAUCCAACACCUCAGCCAAUAACAACAGCUGCCAUUCACUAUCCCCCUGUGAGCCACCUGCCAAUGACAGCUGGUGCUACCGGAACAUGAUCACCUUCCAAGGGCUCAUGGCGGAGCCACUGGGCACAGUAUCCCGCGAGGAGCCCACUCUAGGGCUCAAGGAUCUGCGAGCAGCUCUCCUGGGUGAGGAGCAUGUAACGUCAUCUCAAACAGGCUCUUCGUGUCUAGACGCAGAGUUGCCUACAGAGGGGCAAAAAUCAGCCGAUGUUCCUAGUAUUGAGGUCAGUAUAGAAGACUCCACUGAUCCCCGGACCGAGAGUGGAGAAGGGUGCCCCCAGGCCAUUGUGCCACCACUGGAGGAAGUGGACGUGGGGGCAUCGUUAUCUGUGCCAGAACCAGCUGCCAGUAUAGAUGUUGGAGAUACAGCUGCACUGGCUGAAGUACCAGUCGCUGGAGAAGAUCUUGUCAUUGUGGAGGAAACUUCCGUUGAAUGCCCAUCCAAGAUGCUACAGGAGAUCAACCUAGAAAAUGGCAAGAGUGUCAGCAGUGAACAGGACCGGACACCAGACAAGACUGUGUCGAGCGCCAGUUUCCCCGAUAUGGAUGAGGCCAGCGACGAGGAUACAGCUGAGAUCACUUUUGGAGUUUUUGCUGACUUCUCGGUUGAUUGUGUCGAGAGGCAGGAUAUAGUGCCUGCUUUCAAGUCCUUGGAGAAGCAGGAGGGGACCCCUGACUCUUUGGACUCAUUGGAUGUUCCCUCCACCACAAGUUCCUGUGAGGCAUUCAGCCCCACAGCCUACGUAUCCUCAAGCCAGCCUAAAGCCCUGGAUAGUGGGUAUGAUACAGAGAACUAUGAGUCUCCUGAAUUUGUCCUCAAGGAGCCUCACGAGUCACGAGAGCCUGAAAAUUUUGCUCAGCUAGGGAAGAUGCAAGAAGACAGGGAGGACUCAACCAAAGAGCUAAGCCUUUCCAGUUCUUUCAGCGCUGAGCUGCAGGGUUUAGAUGAGAAGAACCCUUACCGUGACUCGGCUUACUUCUCUGACUAUGAUACUGAAGGGGGAACUCGGGAGGAUGGGGAAGAAGACAGUGAUGGUUCUGAAGGACAUGAGCCAGAGGACUCGCAGGUCAUCACAGAAGGGCUGGGGAAGGGCCUGAACCAAAAUGGCAGCGCAUGUGAGUCUCUGCCCUCCUGCCCUGAGCCUGCUGCCCCCUGUGGAGACCGUGCGGUCUGCACCUCUCCAGAAACCGAGGAACAGGUCAUGAGGGAAGGAACUCUCCGUGCGCCACAGGGCCUGCUGGUGAAUGCUGAGGAGCUGGAGUCAAACUCAGCCAGGGACAAGGAUGAGGGGACCGUUGCUGUGCCCAAACAGCUGGCUCCCACCCGGUCCUUUUUCUUGUCACCCGUGGCCAUGAGUCCAGAGGUGCCCACCCUGGUGGUUGAGGGAGAUGUGGGGGCAGGGGGGGCAGGGCCAGAGCGUGUCUUAAGUGAGCCAGAGCAGCCUGGGGAAAUGCAGGGAAUGGGCGAGAGUGAGAAGGCCCAGAGCAAUUCUGCCCUCUCCGGUCUCUCACUGGACCUGUCAGCAGUACCAUCCCGGCUGUCCUCUCUCUCCGCCGAUCCUGAGGAAGAGGAGGAUGACACAGAGGACAGCGAUGAGUCUGACGAGGAACUGCGCUGCUACCACAUCCAAGAGCAGAGUGAGGAGAGCGAGGAGGAAUUGCCUGCGGUGCCCAUUGUGGUGGCUGAGAGCCACAGUGCACGCAAUUUGCGCAGUCUGCUCAAGAUGCCCAACCUGCUGGUGGAGUCCUUCUGCGAUGACCUCGAACGCAAGAAGAAAGCUGUCUCCUUCUACGAUGAUGUCACCGUCUACCUCUUUGACCAGGAAAGUCCCACAAAGGAACUUGCAGAUCAGCCUUUCCCAGCGAUCACAGAGCCAAGCUUGGCCCAGAAAGAAGGCACCACUCCUCCAAGCCCAGCAGGCAGGACAGAUACACCAAACAGUUCCUCAGAAGGGAGCACCUCUGAAGAGAGUAAUGGCGGUGGUUUUGAAUGGGAUGACGACUUCCCCCUCAUGCCAGUGAAAUCGUCGCUCAUGCCAUCAUUAACAUCGGCGGUGUCUGAGCCGGUUCUCCCUACGCUGCCACCCAUACUAGUGCCUGCACAGAAGCAGGUGCUGCCCAUCCAGUUUUCACGCUUCACCGUCUCACCUGCCCCAGUAUCACGGUUCUCCAUCACACACGUCACCGACUCAGACGUCAAGUCCGUAGGAGGCAGCAGUGAAGAUGGCGACAGAGAGUGA